UGAUUUACAUGGUUUAGGUAUCGGAAUGAUAACCUCAUGAAGAAAAAAAAGUCUAAAUUGAGUUUUUUUUCUCCACUGUUGAGCAAAUGUUCUGUUGCUGAUCUGCUGCACAUUUCUAAGGGACCUGUUUCUUUGAACUUUAUGAAUUCCAACGUUUUUGUAUCAAAAUAAAAUCUUUAGAGACCCUAUAUUUAAAGGAACAGUUCACCCAAAAAUUAAAAUACAUUUUUUAUUCAGCCUCAUAUCAUGACUUUCUUCUGCUGGACACAAAAGUAGAUAUUUUGGAGAACGUAUCCAAACAACACUGAACCCCACUGACCUUUGUUGUGUGAAUGAAAAUAAGAGAGAAAUGGAUACGAUGGAUGUUAGAAAGCAAGUCAUACAGGUUUAGAACAGCGUGGGGGUGAGUAAAUGACAGAAUUUUUUUUUUGGGUGAACUGGCCCUUGAAGGUCGAUUUAUAUAUUCUUUCUUGUUUCAGUCAUAUGAAAAUAUUAAAAUGACAGGCCAGAAUAUGGACGUAUGUGAGUUUUAAACCACUUACGGUCUAGUAAACUCAUUAUGGGAGUACUUUCUUUGUGUUCUUGUUGCAGUGUGGGAAUGAAGUGCGUGUUGUAUCUCAACCAGCCCCUAAAACAUUAGACAUGAGUGUACGUGGUGAUACCUAUUAGGUUCAUUGGCCGUGCUAUUUUUAUAUUGGGAAUGGAGAGAGAGAGAUAGAGAGCGAGAGAGAGGUGGGGGUGGACUGGUCUCCACUCCUCCUAAGAGCAUUACGAGUGCAUUUGUUUGUGACCUUAGCAGAGUGUGCUGUCACUGUCAUAUGGCAAGCAAAGGCAGCCUCAACUGGUUUAGAGCAGAGACGGUUAUUCUGGAUCACAACUGUUCACCCUCCACUGUUCCCAGCAGAGCCCUAGGCUUAAUCCUGAGCGGAACGCAGCCUUUCACAGAGCUUUCUUCUCCAGCUUCUUGUUUGUUAAUGGAGUUCCGGCAGGGCAGCGGUGAUUACUGCCACGCCCAACAUCGCAACGCUUGAUCACGGGUGGAUAUGCCCGAAAUCUGCCACUGAAUGUUCGGAGAAAUGCCUUCUCUGCUUUUCUCUUGCUGGUCUUUCUGACUGACCACUUUGCUGUGCGCCAAAUGGGUUAAUUGGCAUCGUGGCACCUGGCAUUUAGCUACCGGACACUGUUCCACCCAUCUAGCUGCCCGGCAGAGUAUCCCUAUCAAGAGGAAGAGGCAGAUUUGUUGGAAGAGGAAGACUUUGUGGCCUCUAUUUACCAAGAAAGGCAGCUUUCAAUUUUAUGUACUGAUUAGAAGUGAUUUAUCACAGAGGAUCUUGCAAAUCCCUGACACCUUCACUGUGAUAGUGCAUCUGCUGUAGAACUGCUCUAGGUCAGAGUAGUGCCAUACUGUGAGUGGAGCUGUGUGGAUCCUGGCCUGGAUUGGGUGCUCUUUUCUUCUGUAGAGUGGAGGGACACCAGCAUGGCCAGGAUGAACCGUCCGGCUCCUGUCGAGGUCUGCUACAAAAACAUGCGCUUCCUUAUAACGCACAACCCAACCAAUGCAUCACUAAGCAGCUUCAUUGAGGAUCUGAAGAAGUAUGGGGCAACAACAGUGGUGCGUGUGUGUGAAAUUACCUACGAUAAGACACCGCUGGAAAAGGAUGGGAUUACUGUUAUGGAUUGGCCUUUCGAUGACGGCGCACCUCCUCCAACCAAGAUCGUGGAUGACUGGCUCAGUCUGCUGAAGAAUAAGUUCUGUGAGGAUCCAGGCUGCUGUGUGGCUGUGCAUUGUGUGGCCGGACUGGGCCGGGCUCCAGUGCUGGUGGCUCUGGCACUUAUAGAGAGCGGAAUGAAAUAUGAGGACGCCAUUCAGUUGAUCAGACAGAAACGCCGGGGUGCCAUCAACAGCAAGCAGCUGACGUACCUGGAAAAGUACCGCCCCAAACAGAGACUGCGUUUCAAAGACCCACACAACCACAAAAGCAAGUGCUGCCUCAUGUGAUCCGUUCUCACCAGCCUGCCACUGAAGGAACCAGUCACUCAUGGACUAAACCGGACUAAAAUGACCAAUCUAGUGCAUUUGAACUCUUGCUACAAUUCAGGAGGGGAAUUCAACCCCCUUUUGGUGUAUAUGUCAGACCCCUGCACACAGGGUCUCUACCAGCUCAGGGCUGUGAAAGACGAGCCUCUUGAAUUUUGUCUUUACACACAAACCCCCCAUCCUCACUGUGUUCACAAAUUUAUUGUGAACACAAACAUAUGCCCGAUGCACACACUCAUGCUACCAGCAGUCACACUUUACCCGCAGCACACAGUCCAAAGAUGAUCAUGGCCACCAGCCACCUGCUCAGAACGCAAUCACUGUUGUUAUGCUCACGCUUUUGUAUGAAACUGCUUGAUUACCCUGUUCUUUCUCUUUUGUAAUUUUGAAGUUUCAGAAUGCAUGUCGCUGUACUUUUUUGAAGAUGCAUGUGAGUGGUCUAACCUAGGUUUUUGUUUUUUUUUGUUUUUUAUUUUUUUUUUCCUACGUUGUAUCAUGAAUCUACUCUGGGAUUCAAGUUUUUUGCACCACUGGCUGCUUAUUAAUUGAACUGGGCGUCUGGAUGGAUAACAUAGCACACUUUGACCUGACUUCCAGGUUUUUGGAUAUUUUAGCUGCUUCGAAAUCAUGUUGAAAUCCAGCUAAUCUGAUACACCUCUACCACAGAAUUGCAGCAGUGAACCGAGAGAAAUCCACGAGUGAGCACAAUUGUAGAUCAGUAGUUCUGUUUUAAUUUAACACAGCAGCCACAAGAGGGAGUCAUCACACUAUGUAUUUCACAUGAAAAAUAUUUCUGAACUUGCCAGAUUUUUAUUUUAUUUUUUUUGCUGUUUGCACUCAGUGCUCAUGUGUGGCUGUUUCUCACGGACAUAGUUGUACUGUGGGAUACUUACUGUGGAAUUUCAGAAGGAACUUUUCGGCGUGAGGCCUAAAAUAUUUAGUCUUGUCCAUAUAAUAGGAAAUGAAAUGGAAUCACAGGAUCUCUGCCUAACUAGUGGUCAUAUAGACACCAAUGAAGGAAAAAAGGUAAUGAAUCGGUGUCAGGUACUGAAGUGAUCGCACAUGCAUCAUUAAUCUGCUAAUAUGAACUGCAUAAGACCUUGUAUCUGGGAUAAUGACGUAUUUCUCUGCCUUUGAAAUCCAAAGCAAAAGCUAGUGAAGGAAAUAUCUAAUAAAAGAGUAUCUUUGCAUAAUUGCGACUGUGAAGGAUAAGCAAAUACUUGUUUCACGUUUCAUGGAUUAAGGUUACAUUUGGCAAUUAUUAUAUUCACUUGGCCUCAUGUUUAUCUGCAAAAGCAAUGGCUGGAGAAUGGACAUAUUUUAAAGCUGAGCUCACUCUAAUUUAGAGCUGAACUUUAAGACAGGAGAUCAAGUUUGCAUUUCUGGUUUUGACACUUACAGUGAAUCCCAUUUAAAUAAAAGUGUGUGAAUUAAGCAGCUCAAUGUUGCUCACAUAUAUAAGGGCUUCUCUCACGUGCUGUUUAGUCACUUUUAUUACUGUUGAGUGUCUGCAUUUACAAAUCUGGAAUGUUUUGAUGAGUUGUGGCCUCAAUAAAUGUAAUAGUUCAUCUUGGAAUGUCUCUGGAAACCGAUGCGAUCAGCAAAAGAAUAUGGUAACAUUUUCAGGAAUAUAUUUAGAUAUCAUCACUAGCCCCGCUUUUGUGAUGAAGGAUGGUGCAAGACUACACGCCACGUCUCAAGUUUAUCCUGACCUCAUUCAUUUCAUCAUCUUCCAUGAGAAUGUUCUUGAUUUUUCAAUAAACCAACAGAGCUGAAGUCAUUACCCUUGACACUGGAUGAUAUAGUGUCAGUAUUUAAAAAUCAUGGGUGGUAUCUGUAACUAUAUACGCUAUUACUCUAUAGUAAGGUCCACUGAUCCACUGGUUUCCUGAUCAUAUCUAAAGUGGCCUAUUUUUGACAUUAACACAUUAUUGUAUUACAUGUUUUAUUAAACAGUGAUACAUAAUUAAUGAUCUAUUGUUCCCUGUUCAUAUCUAAAGUGAUUGACAAUUGUAUUAUUCAUAAUUUUUAAUGCCAAACAAAAAAAAAGUUAAUUUAUGUACAUAUUGCUCUUUUAUGAAAUUGUAACAGAUGUUAAAUCUGAAAUCUGGAUUAAUUAAAAAUGAAUAAAAACCUGGUAUUUCUCACGA